AUGCAGCCGCAGACACCCCCAAUGACGAACUUUGAGCAGAACGCCACGCAGGCGUUUCAGAUGAUGGGCUCCGUUCGCAUGCAGUCAGCGAUGCUGCACCGUAGCACAACCUUCUGCCUCGACCGCUGCCUCGACACGGAGGAGCUGUACACGCUGCUGCGCACAACGGAGGCGCCUAUUCGCUAUCGCCUCAACGCGGACCUCGGGGAAAAAAAGUGCGCCACGAACUGCGGAGCCAAGUGGGACGAGCUGUACCGCGCCACAACGAUGCGGGUGAACGAGGAUGAGACGCGGAGGGUGCAGAUGCAGGCCAUGGCGUCCAUGAUGGAGGCGAUGCAGCGCUGA